GAGCCGUCUCGCUCCUCAGAGCCUGGACGUGUUGCUGGUCAGCUCCACAUAGGUUUCUACUACACACCACUUUCACACACUGCAGGAACAUGGACUGUGAGUGUCGGUGUUCAGAGAGGUCUGGAGCUCACGCCAUCCUGUUUCACAUCCUCACCGGAGACGCUGAAGCCACUGAGCUGAGCUACCCACCGUCUGGCCACUGUCACUGUGACACGCAUCGUACCGUACGCCUCAGGUCACGUGACACCUGCAUGGCGGCUGCCAACAUCCUCGUCAAAACCGUACGCUUUGUGGCGAGUCUUCCCGCCUUUCAGCAGCUUCCACCUGAGGACCAGCUCACGCUGCUGCAACACUGCUGGCAUCAGCUCUUCAUCCUGGGACUGGCACAGGAGCAUGUGAGCUUCGAAGUGGAGCAGGAGCCUGUGAGCAGCAUGCUGAGGAAGAUUCUUCUGAACCGAGAAAAUGAGCACAGAGAGAACCGAGAAGAACCUACACUGAGUGCAGUCCAGAACCUCAAAGCCUGUCUCAGGAAGCUCUGGAGUCUGGACCUGAGUCCUAAAGAGUACGCUUACCUGAAGGGUACCAUGAUAUUUAAUCCAGAUGUCCCUGGCCUGCAGGUGGUGGCGUUGGUAGAAGGUCUUCAGCAUGAAGCUCAGCACGCUCUGAGGGAGGUUCUGUUGCUCCUGCACUCAGGUGAUGGAGGAAGUAUUGCACGUGUCCUUCUUGCUGUAUCCUCGCUGCAGAGCGUCACACCUGAACUCAUCACCGAACUCUUCUUCAGACCCAUCAUUGGAUCUGCUCACCUCAUCCAUCUCAUUAAUGACAUGCUGUACACUCGGUAGAGACGCGCACACACACAUCUAAGCUAAAAGCAGAAGGAGCAGGACAUGGAGAUGUUUCAUCGCUGAAGAGCACCUGAAGGAUUUCAAUUACUGAAACACACAGCAAGCUUUUGUGUGUGUGCGUGCGUGCGUGCGUGCAUACAGCUUCUUGUUUUCUGGAAGCUUCCUGCCUCCUUGUGGCUCCACCCUGAUGUUGGUAUACACCAUGGAUUGGUUAGUACACAUCAUGGUGAGCUUCUCCACACUGAGCACAGUGAUGUUAUAGAGAGGUGUGAGACGGGACACGGACUCUGUUCUGGUAAAAACUUUUAGAGUUCAAGGUUGACCACAACCACCACAGUGGUGUAAAAGCAUUAUGUUUGAGGGGUAUGGUGUAUGUGUG